AAAUGAACAAGUGUCUAAUUUUUGGUGCCAUCUUUUUCCUUUGAAUCUGACCUUCCCUUGGCCAAAAUCAUAGAGACUGGUACCUAAACCUGGAGGAACUAUGCGAUAGAUAUGGGUACCAGUACGAAGAACACCUCAUUACCUCAGAAGAUGGGUAUGUGACAAUGCUCCAAAGAGUCAGAGCUAGACUCGGCGAUGAUGACCCCAACAGAGAACCCUUCUACGCAAAUAUUCCUCUAGGCACAGGUGAAGCAAUGCUGUUCUUACUUGGUAGUGAAGAAUCUCCAGGUUUUCGUAUAGUGGAUGCAGGAUAUGAUUUAUGGUUCCUAAACCCAAGAGGAACUGAUAAUUCGAGAGGACACGUUAAUCCUGAUAUUCCUCCUGAAGAAUAUUGGCACUUUGAUCUCAUUGAUAUAUCCCAAGACCAUGUUGCAGCAUUGACUUAUAUCAUCGAUGAAACAGGCUAUCCUCAAGUACAUGCCCAUGGGUACUCGUCAGGAGGUUUAUCACUAGGACAUGCAAUCGCUCUGCACCCUGACUUCUUCAACCCACGCAUCAGGUCAUUACAUUACGUUGCUGCAACGAUGACUUUUGCGCACACUCAGUUCAUCGGAUUCCAGCUCAUCGCGAGUAUUCCUGGAGUACUGGCUACUCUUGAAGAUUUUGGAGUCUUUGCAAUGACUACCCAAAAUAUCCCUGUUCAAAUGAUAGGAGGAAUCUCUUGCGGAAUGAUGCCUGAAUUUUGUCUUCUUAUGCAACAAUUUAUAGGUGGACAAGUUGAUCCUAAUUACGACGACCCAGAUGCAUACACAAACUUCAUAUUCAGAGGAUUUGCAGGAUUUGCAACCCAUUUGCUAUCCCACGCAAUGCAAAGUGUUAGAACUGGAGAAGUAACUUAUUUCGAUCUCGGAGAAGAAGGGAACCUUGCUGCUUACGGACAGGCUGAUCCCCCAAGAAUUCCUUAUGAGAAUCACCAGAUUCCAGUGGCAAUGUACUAUUCUAGGAGCGAUAACUCUGCAGAUUUUGAAGAUGGACAAUGGUUCGCUGAUCUGAUUGGAGAUAACUGAGUUGCCUUUAAUGAAUACCCUGGCUAUUCCCACUUUACAUUUGAUAUCGGAAUGGAUAUGUACUUCCUCGACGACAUGUUCGAUAUAUUGCAAUCAUACCCCAUCGAAGUCACAAACUAAUAACGCUGUCGACUAAACAUCAUUAAUUUCCAUAUUAUCUUUUGGUGCGCCAU